AUGGAUCUCCAUGAACUGGAUGAGAUACGGUUGGAGGCUUAUGAUAAUUCGAGGAUCUACAAGGAAAGAACCAAAGCUUUUCAUGACAAAAAGAUCCGACACAAGGAUUUAAAAGCUGGAGACAAAGUCCUUUUGUUCAACUUAAAGCUUCGGCUAUUUCCUGGCAAGCUCAAGUCAAGAUGGUUAGGACCCUUCGAAAUUAAGGAAGUUCUGCCCUAUGGAGCGGUCACACUGCUUGAUAAAAAUACGAAUGAAUUUACUGUGAAUGGGCAGAGAGUGAAGAGGUACAUGGCAAAUGAGGACACAGAGGAGGAAUCAUCUCUGCGUCUCGACGAUCCCACGCCAGUAUGA